AUGUUCAUGUUAUCAACAUAUAAAGCUUCCAAUCAUACUAGAAAGGUCAUAUCAAUUAAAUUUGUUUGGAGUAUGCUUAGCUUCAUUAAAUUUAGUACUUUUGGAAGUCUCCUCAAUCUAACAUCUGGAGGAAAAUAUUUUGGGGAAAAUCAAGAUUUGGCUGCGAAAAUAUCAACAUCGUCGAAAUUUAUUUGUGUGGACAAUGAAAAAGGCGAUUUUUCGACCUCAAAAGAGCAGAAAUUAGAAGUAGAAUGGUAUGAUCUAGAUGAAGACAACCCUCAUAAUUGGAGCUUACUUAAAAAGUCAUUAGUGUCCUUGGAACUUUGUUUUCUAACUAUGUUAGUAUAUAUGGGAUCAGCAAUAUAUACUCCAGGUGCCGAUCUUCUAAUGAAUGAUUUUGGAAUAAGUCUGAGAGUAUCGUUGAUUCCACUUACCGUUUUUGUUGUUGGAUAUGGAAUUGGAACAUUGUUAUUUUCUCCAUUGUCAGAAAACAAGGUUAUUGGAAGAAAUUACGUUUAUUUCGUGACUCUAUUCCUUUUUUUUAUUAUGCAAUUGCCAGUUGCAUUAGCAAAAAAUAUAGCAUCUUUAAGCGUCCUUAGGUUUUUGACUGGAAUCUUUGCGUCUCCAGCAUUAGCAAAUGUAGGUGCUUCUUUCACUGAUAUUUUUGCACCGCCGUAUAUGCCCAUUGGCCUUGGAAUUUGGGGAAUAGCAGCAUGGUGUGGACCUUCAAUAGGACCCUUCCUUGGAUCUAUUCUAGUGGUCAAGGGUGGGUGGAGAUGGUGUUUUUGGUUUAUGUUUAUUUCAUCUGGGGGUUGUUUCCUAAUGUUAACGUUUUUGCUUCCCGAAACAUACAGAGACAGCAUUUUGUAUCGUAAAAGUCGAAGUUUAAAAAGUACCAUGCAAGAAGAUGGAUCUAACUUUCAAGAAGCUAAAAAUUUUCCUAAUAUUAUCUCACUAAUCAAAGAGACUUUGUGGAGACCAAUAGUUAUUUCAAUUGAAGAGCCAGUUGUUUUAUUAAUCAAUAUAUAUAUUGCACUAGUUUAUUCGGUGGUCUAUCUCUGGUUUGAAGCUUUUCCGAUUGUGUUUCUUCAAGUUCAUCAUUUUACACUUGUGGAAAUGGGUACAGCUUAUCUAAGCAUAAUUAUUGGUGUCUUAGUUGGAAUUACCUUUUAUCUUAUUUACUGUUAUAAGUGUUUCACGAAGAAGUUGUUGGCAGGAGAAAAAGUCGAUCCGGAGGUUUUUUUACCACCAGCAAUUUUUGCAAGUAUUCUAAUGCCAAUAAGCCUAUUUAUUUUUGGAUGGACAACUGCAAAAGACAUCCAUUGGAUAGGACCACUAAUUGGCGCUGCCAUUUUUGGAGCUAGUGGAAUUCUUAAUUUUCAAACUCUUCUAAAUUAUCUAGGAAUGUCAUUUCCGAGGUAUGUUGCUUCUGUUUUUGCAAGUAAUAAUUUAUUCAGGUCAGUUAUUGCAGGAGUGUUUCCUUUGUUUGCGAGGUCUUUAUACUUGAAUCUUUCAACCGAGAGAUUUCCUGUUGCAUGGGGUUCUUCGAUUUUAGGUUUUAUUUCUACUCUCAUGUGCUCGAUACCCGUAUUAUUUUAUUUGAAUGGUCCUCGAUUAAGAGCUAGGUCCAGAUUUUCUGGUCUCGGACAUAGAAGUAGGAAUUAA